GCAAUAGUCCCGAGGCCCAGUUAUGAAUUUAAUUUUUAAAAACACCUGCAAUAACCAGUACGACACUCUAUAAAAAGAGAAUCUUAAACUUAUUGUCAACAAAACAACCAGUCUUUAAUUCAUAUUCAUCCAAUCCUUGCUUUCAAAGUUCCCAAUUUAAUUCCACCACUGUUUUAUCGUCCCUAUAUAUUGCCAGAUUCGAUACUCCCAUUUUUUUCUUAUAUUUGAUCCGUGUAAUCCGAGACCAUAGCGUUAUGGGUUCUUACGGAGAUGAAGAAACUGGAAAAGGGUUACCUAAUUCACCUCCAAAUAAUUCAAUUUUCAGGUAUAAUUCACCACUGGUUCAAGUUGGUUUGAUUGGAUUGGUAUGUUUUUGUUGUCCAGGGAUGUUUAAUGCACUCUCUGGAAUGGGUGGUGGUGGUCAAGUAGACCACACCGCAGCUAACAACGCUAACACUGCUCUCUACACAACUUUUGCCAUAUUUGGAAUUUUGGGUGGUGGCAUUUACAACAUAUUAGGUCCUCAAAAAACUCUAUUUGUUGGAUGUUCGACUUAUAUAUUGUACGCGGGAUCUUUUCUCUACUACAAUCACCAUAAACAUCAGGCUUUCGUCGUAGUUGCUGGUGGUCUUCUUGGUAUUGGCGCGGGCCUUUUAUGGGCUGCUCAGGGAGCUAUUAUGACGUCGUAUCCGCCACAUGAUAGGAAAGGUACAUAUAUCUCUAUGUUUUGGAGUAUUUUUAACAUGGGUGGUGUUAUUGGCGGACUUAUUCCUUUUGUAUCGAAUUAUAAUAGAACUACCGCGGCCUCUGUUAAUGAUGGUACUUAUAUUGGAUUCAUGAUUUUCAUGGCAAUUGGAACCUUUCUUUCUUUAGCAAUUUUGCAUCCUAGUAAGGUUACUAGGAACGAUGGUUCCAAGUGUACUAAUAUAAAGUACUCGAGUGUGUCUGUUGAAUUGCUGCAAAUACUCAAACUGUUUGGGAAUUGGAAAAUGUUGUUGAUGGUUCCAGCCUCGGUUGCUAGUAACUUUUUUUAUACUUAUCAGUUCAAUAAUGUUAACGGGGUAUUGUUCAAUUUGAGGACUCGAGGUUUGAACAAUGUGUUCUAUUGGGGUGCACAGAUGAUCGGUUCAGUGUUCAUCGGGUCUAUAAUGGACUAUAGCUUUAAGAGCAGGAGAGCUAGGGGAUUGGUUGGUAUUAUUAUUGUUGGCCUGCUUUCGACAGCAAUUUGGGGUGGAGGACUCGCGAAACAGCUUAAAUAUUCCUGCGAAGAUGUACCUGAUCACAUAGUAUUACUGGAUUUCAAGGAUGGUUCUAAAUUUGCUGGUCCAUUUGUCUUGUAUUUUAGUUAUGGAUUACUUGAUGCCAUGUUUCAGAGCAUGGUUUAUUGGGUCAUAGGAGCAUUGGCCGAUGAUUCUGAGAUUCUCAGCAGGUAUACUGGCUUCUAUAAAGGAAUACAAAGUGCAGGAGGAGCCGUUGCUUGGCAAGUUGAUUCACGUAACGUGACAUUCCUGAACCAGCUUAUCGCGAAUUGGACGCUAACCACCAUUAGUUUUCCCUUACUGAUAGCUCUUAUACUAUUAGCUGUGAAGGAUGACAACAAAGAAGAAGAGGGAGCAACUAAGGAGGUUGCGAUUCCUUCGAACCAUGACAUUAGUACUACAGUGGACAAGCCCAAUAAGGAGUAGUUCCUACCAGCUAUCUUUAGCUUUGUUCACCUGAUUUAUUAUUGGGACAAAACUGUAAAGUGUGGACAAUCAACCACAGUAUAAUUUAGUUCAGUCGCUGCGUAAAAUUUCUUAGCUAAUGUGUGUUUAAUUCUCUUCAGUUUCCAGUAAUCAUUUUUUCUAAUAUUCUUACAGCUACAGCAAUUUUGAUUUUA